ACUGGCCCGGGGGCCGGGAGGAGCAGCCGCUGUUCUGCCCCGCGGGGGCAUCCGCUGGGUCCCCGCGCCGUCGUCAAGACCGGGGACCUAGACGCAGCCGAGAGAGGUGCCGCCGCCCUCCCCGUCCAGUCGCCGCGCGCAGGCACUGCAGUCAGCGGUGAACUGACUUCAUCCCAAUCCCUCAGCCUCCACCAGUACCAGUCUGGAGUCCCUCCCCUGCCCCCAUUGAAAUUUCCCUUCUGUCCCCAAACUCACCUCUGAUCUAGACCUUACUCACCUCCUUCCUGUUUCCUAAGACUCCUUCCUGCAGUCCCCAGACCGAGCCUUUCAUCUUUGUCCACCCUGUGCCAGACACCUCCUUUUCCAGAACCUUCUCCUUACUGGUGACCUUACUUAUCUCUGUUUCUUUCUGGGGUCCUAGGAAAUGCCAGCACUCCCACCCGCAUUGCCUGAACUUUCCAACACUCCCUAACUGCCCUGUGUCCUAUCUCAACACUUUCUCAUGUAUUUCCUGUGUCUUCUAGAACAUUCCCCCACCAUUAUUACUUCAAUAUGGCUACACAUACUUCCUAACUGCCCUGCAAACAUCUCCUUCUCACCAUUGCCCAGCGAUGCUUUCGUCUCCUCCAUAAACACUCCCGGAGACCAAUUUUUGUGUCACCCCCAUACUCCCUCAUUGACACACUGACUGACUCCAUACAUAACUUCCUUGAAAAACCUCUUUAUUAAUUUCACCAUCCUCCAGACUUCCCUUCUGUCAUAAUUCUAUCCCUCCUCCAACUUUUUCCUCUCAAGCUCUGCCUUUCCCAGCCCAGCCCAGCCUACCCAACCUCAUCUCUUCCCUGUAGACCACAUCCCACCAUGUUCCCCUGAGCCUCCAAGGAAGGGGCUCGGGGGCCCCAUGGCCUCCCGCUCCCUGUGGCCCCACAGCCCCCGUGGGCCAGGGGAAGCGCCCCAGAAGCCGAAGUGCCCACCAUGGGCAACCACACGUGGGAGGGCUGCCACGUGGACUCGCGCGUGGACCACCUCUUUCCGCCAUCUCUCUACAUCUUUGUCAUCGGCGUGGGGCUGCCCACCAACUGCCUGGCUCUGUGGGCGGCCUACCGCCAGGUGCAACAGCGCAACGAGCUGGGCGUCUACCUGAUGAACCUCAGCAUCGCCGACCUGCUGUACAUCUGCACACUGCCGCUGUGGGUGGACUACUUCCUGCACCACGACAACUGGAUCCACGGCCCCGGGUCCUGCAAGCUCUUUGGGUUCAUCUUCUACACCAACAUCUACAUCAGCAUCGCCUUCCUGUGCUGCAUCUCAGUGGACCGCUACCUGGCUGUGGCCCACCCACUCCGCUUCGCCCGCCUGCGCCGCGUCAAGACCGCUGUGGCCGUGAGCUCCGUGGUCUGGGCCACGGAGCUGGGCGCCAACUCAGCGCCCCUGUUCCAUGACGAGCUCUUCCGAGAUCGCUACAACCACACCUUCUGCUUUGAGAAAUUCCCCAUGGAAGGCUGGGUGGCCUGGAUGAACCUCUAUCGGGUGUUCGUGGGCUUCCUCUUCCCGUGGGCACUCAUGCUGCUGUCGUACCGGGGCAUCCUGCGGGCCGUGAGGGGCAGCGUGUCCACCGAGCGCCAGGAGAAGGCCAAGAUCAAGCGGCUGGCCCUCAGCCUCAUCGCCAUCGUGCUGGUCUGCUUUGCGCCCUAUCACGUGCUCUUGCUGUCCCGCAGCGCCAUCUACCUGGGCCGCCCCUGGGACUGCGGCUUCGAGGAGCGCGUCUUUUCUGCAUACCACAGCUCACUGGCUUUCACCAGCCUCAACUGUGUGGCGGACCCCAUCCUCUACUGCCUGGUCAACGAGGGCGCCCGCAGCGACGUGGCCAAGGCCCUGCACAACCUGCUCCGCUUUCUGGCCAGCGACAAGCCCCAGGAGAUGGCCAACGCCUCGCUCACCCUGGAGACCCCACUCACUUCCAAGAGGAACAGCACAGCCAAGGCCAUGACUGGCGGCUGGGUGGCCACUCCGCCCUCCCAGGGGGACCAGGUGCAGCUGAAGAUGCUGCCACCAGCACAGUGAACCCUGAGUGGCACAGAACUCCCAGUUUUCCCCUCUCAUCCCACAGUCCCUUUUCUCCUGGUCCGGUGUAUGCAAAUUGUAUGGAAAAAGGGCUGUGUUAAUAUUCAUAAGAAUAUAAGAACUUAGGAAGAGUGA